GAUUAUCCAAGAUUCGAGUUUCAUAGUCCAUCCUUCAACCUUUAGGAAUCUCCAAUCAGCAUGUUUGAUAUUUAAUAACCCAACUUACUUCUAAUGAGCAUUAUCAACGCACAACCAUAAUGAUGACAAUACUGUCACAUUGAUCUACCUAAUCACCUUUUUCUUCUAAACUUACUUGGCUGAUGUUGGUGCAAUGUUUACGAAAACAACAAGGAAGCUUCUUUCAAAACCCAAGACCAAACUGGCUUUUCGAGAUAACUAUACCAUAGAUAUCGAGGAAGGGAGUGAGAACUACCCGGAGGAAAGCAAAUCAAUGACGCCCACCUCAACACCGGAGGACUCCCCUAGAGUUGAAAUGGAUGAUCCCAAUAUUGUCAAAGGAUAUCGGGGAAAUUCGUGGGUUUUUGAGAAUAAAUUAGGCGUGGCCGAAGAUCUCCGAUACCUGUCGCACAUGCCCGAACUUUGUGACGUAACCUUCCUUGUUGGAGAAUCGAGAGAACCUAUCUGCGCAGUGCGGGCUAUUUUGGCUGCAAGGAGCAGAAUAUUCCACAAGUUGCUGUACUCAGCAGCCCGAGGGACUCCACGUAAGAAGAAUGUAUCGGCAACAGACAAACUCGGGAAGAAAGUAUCACAGAUGAUACGGAGAAGUAGCAUUGACCUAGGAGAAGAUUAUAGCGCCAUCAGCUGUCCGAGAACGAUUACAAUUGAAGAGUUUGAUCCGCCCGUGUUUCGUCAACUAAUCCAAUACUGCCAUACCGGCUGCGUUACUCUCAAGCCUAAGAUUGUGCUAGGUUUGAUGAAUGCAUCUGAUCAUUAUGGUCUUGACGAAUUAAGACGAGCAUGUAUGACUUAUCUUCAGAACUGUGUUAACAUCGACACAGUGUGUUUACUACUGCGUUCUGCUGAGAGAUACAUUCAGUAUAAAUCUACCAAAUCACUAGUACAAAAGGCGCUCGAGUUUGUGGACAUAAACGCAGAGUCAGUCUUGAGACUACCCGCCUUUACAGCACUACCAAGUCACGUGGCCAGACUUAUUUUAUCACGUGAUGAGCUUCAGGCAGAUGAACUCAUCAAAUUCCAAGCUGCACUCGCCUGGAGUCGUGCAUACAUAGAAAAACAUCCCACCUCAACGCUCCGUGACGUCAUGACCCCAUUUGUAGACAGCAUUUCGUUUCAUCUGAUUCCGGCAACAACACUCAUGCAGACGGUUAAACCGACCGGUUCGGUUCCGGAUCACAAAAUUAUGACCGCUCUGGCAUACCAAGCUGAUCCGAGCAGUCUUGAACCCGGUAGCAUUGUGACGUCGCCAGCAAGAUUACGAUUAUCAAUGCUUAGCCUGAAUGUAAUAGAUUCGCCGACAACCUCUUCAAGACAAACCAGAUCAGACAACUCUUCGUCAUCGCUUAAAUCAGCGACGUCGUAUACGUCGUUGAACACGUCGCGUGCGAGCGGCAUCGAUAGAAUCCCACUAGACAAUGAAGCAGAUAUACCUGAAAUUAGUGAUCAAACAGUAGAUCUCGAUAAUGACCUUGAACAUGAUGUUAUACACGAUAACAAUAACGAUACUAGCGGGUAUAUCGAGAACGGUGAUCGAGUGAACGAAUGCGACGAUGAUGACGCAGAUGUUGAUGACGAGGCUGACUCAGAUGAGCGUCAUGAUCAGGUUGAUUUGAUGUUUAGACGUGAUCGUUGUUUUAGUCCACAAUGUUUAAGUGAUACAAAUACGAGUUGUUCAAUGUCAACAUGUUCUGAUUGGACUGAUACGAGUAGCAGUGCAGGGGGUAGCUUUGGACGUGCUGACCAGAAAGAAAGUAAUUUCAAACUUCUCCUUCCCGAAUAGGCUUUCGCAAUGUCCAUUAUUUAUAUAACUUGCCCGAUAAUGAUAGAAUAUAUUGUCUUUGUUUGUCAAGUGUUUAUUUUCUUAAUUUUUAUUAUUCAUACACAUCAAUACAGCCAUGGUACGAUAUUAAUAUUGACAGCUGUAAUUAUUAUGAAUUUAAUAAUGAUAUGAAUCCACUUAGGGUUCUUGGAUCUCAUAAAGCUGUUCAACACUGAGUCACGCAUGUAUGGAUGGUGGUACGGCUGAUGACCUUCUCCUGGCUGUCAAACCGAUUUAUUAACUAUUUUUACUCUAACCAGCUAAACUUAUCUAAAAACCUAAUAAUUUAUCAUAAUGUUGACAAAGAUUAUGGAAAAUUAUCUCCCUCUUUGUUUAAACAGGUCGAUUCGGGUAGCUAAUUGAGGUAAAAAAUAACGCCACAAAUCAUGCGUAAACUUAUUCGUUACCCAAGAACAGCUUCAUGAUAUACUACUCUGAAUCAAAUCUCACUCAUAUACUUUUUGUGAAAUGGCAUUCAUAUUCAAAAUCGUACACAAUCAUGCAAAAAUAAAUUGAUUUGUGACCAUGGUGAGAUUACUUCGAAAUGUCAUAUAACAUUCGUUAAUAUUGCUUCAGAUUUUUAUACAUAAAAAAGAAAUUUUUAGACUGAAAAUGCUGGUCUUGACCUUAAACCAAUAAUCUUAACCCUACAACUUAAACUUGUUUCUUGUGCACAGGGCUGGGUGCCAUUGGGUAAAAGGACCCCCAAUAUAAGAAGGCAAUGUUUAGUAUCAGGGUUAACAUGGUUAACACAUAUCGUUAAAGAAAUCUAUGCCAAGAAAUAACUGCAUAGGGCAUGUAGGGCAGAAACUAGCAGAAGUGCUUUCGCGAAACAAAUCAUCAAACAACAUAUUGCUGUUGGAUGAUGGACAAAUAAGCAUUCUGCCUUUCUGACCGGCGUUCAAAGCUGGGGGCCCGGGUUCGAUUCCCGGCAGAGACAUUUUUUCGGCAUCACCAAUUUUUCCAAAGGGUAGAUAGCUCUGGGGAACCUUGAUAAAUAAGCUACGCCUACCAAUGUUCUCUUCAUCAAUUUCUUUACAAUAUUUAAAUAAAAAGAGUUUCCAAAGCUGUUGUACAUGUAUAACUUUACACAUUUAUAUAUUUUAUUGAUAUUGUCGGUUGUCGGAAUUCAACGACUUAUAAGGCGGUUGGUGUUAAUUGGACUUCGUCAUUUUUUUCAGAGUUUCAAUAU